UAUGGUGAAACGUUUUACUGUGGUCGUCUGGAGCAGGUUUUCUACCUCCGUUUGCUUUCCCAGUUGAUAAUAUCUGCUCAAGGGACACGUAUGGCUGCAGUGGAAAGGUCGCCCACACUGCUGAAUCAUGGGAGUGAAGAUGAGAUGGAAUGCAGGGGCUACCAUACCAACACCCACAAGGCUAUCCUGUGCUUCUGUCUGGUGUUCCUGUGUGGGGGAGGUCCUGUAGGCAUCCUCCUGGCACUGCUGGUGUUCCGAUGGCGGCCAGACUGGAAACUACGGGCCACCAAGUCACGCUGUUUGCUGUACAAGGCAGAUGCUGUCCUGCUUAAGGACAUCUAUGGACAGUGGUGGACAGAGACGGUGGAUAUCAUCUACAUUCCUGUUGAUGAAUUCACACUUCAUGUCCCAGACUGGCUUGCCCCUUAUAUUUAUGCCUGUCCUGAUUUUCAUUUGGACACAAAGACUCAAACAGUUGCAGCAAAGCAGUAUGGGUCCUUUGCACAGGUGGCAGAAGGUGUAGAUUGUAAUUACAAGGAAGAGGACAGAGAGGAGGAGGAGGAAGAGGAGGAGGAAUCAACCAGUUUGACAUCUACCAGUGAUAAGAAAAGACUUUGUGUGCGAUUCUUUCAACACCAGCAUAUGCGGUACAUUUGGAAUUCCAGAACCAGCUGCUUCACAAAGCUCAGAGGCCUUGAUCAAACACCUUGCUCUUACUUCUACCAAAUUGCUGGGAUGAGCAGAGAGGAGCAAGACAGGAAACGUUUGUUGUAUGGCAAAAACUCAAUUCAUAUUGAGGUCAAGAGCUAUUUUAGACUCCUUAUUGAAGAGGUGUUGAACCCUUUCUACAUGUUUCAAAUCUUCAGUGUGAUCCUGUGGUCAUUAAAUGACUACUACAUUUAUGCCAGCUGUAUUGUUGUCAUCUCUGUCAUUUCUAUCUCAGUGGAGCUUUAUGAGAUCAGAAAGCAAGCAGAAUCACUGCGCGAUAUGGUGGCAUUGGAGGCAGAGGUGUCUGUGUGGAGAGGAGACAAUGUGUAUGAGGCUAUUCCUGGUCAGGAGUUGGUGCCGGGAGAUGUCAUCAGUAUCCCUCCAUAUGGCACCAUGAUGUCAUGUGAUGCAGUCCUUAUUACAGGCAACUGUAUUGUCAAUGAGAGCAUGCUUACAGGGGAAAGUGUUCCCGUGACCAAAACCCCCCUCCCCAAUCCCCCCCCGAGUGAGAGUCAGCAUCCACCCAUGUACAUUUCCGAGGAACACAAGCGCCACACCCUGUUCUGUGGUACCCAGGUCAUCCAGACCAGGUACUAUGGAGGGGAGAAAGUUAAGGCUGUGGUUAUCCAGACAGGAUUUGCCACUGCCAAGGGAGAACUGGUACGGUCUAUCCUGUUUCCAAAACCAAUGGGGUUCAAAUUCUAUCAGGAUGCCAUGCGGUUUUUAGCAGUGCUGGCAGGACUGGCAGUUAUUGGCUUCUCAUACAGUGUUUAUGUGAUGAUCUCAUUCAAGGCAUCAGUAAAAGACAUUAUUGUUCGUGCGCUGGACAUGAUCACAGUAAUUGUGCCUCCUGCCCUGCCUGCUGCUAUGACAGUUGGAUCUGUGUAUGCACAACGGCGGCUGAAGAAACAGGGAAUUUUUUGUAUCAAUCCACCCAGAAUCAACGUCUCAGGGAAAACAAAGCUGGUGUGCUUUGAUAAGACAGGAACACUUACAGAAGAUGGGCUGGACUUGUGGGGUGUGGUACCAGUGGGCAUGUCUGUGGUGAAGAACGCUGCUGAUCUUCCACGUGGCCCACUGCUGGCUGCCAUGGCUUCCUGCCACUCCCUCACACUGAUUGAAGGGAAGAUGACAGGAGACCCAUUGGACUUGAAAAUGUUUGAAGCAACUGACUGGCUUCUGGAAGAGCCUGGCCUAGAGAACACCAGGUUUGACAUCUUGGCACCAACUGUUGUGAAGCCAGUUACAGCUGACACCUUUAUAAUGGGAGGUAGCAAUCAGCAGACUCCAUACGAGAUUGGAAUUCUACGCCAGUUCCCUUUCUCGUCCAGUCUUCAGCGGAUGAGUGUCAUCACCCGAACACUUGGGAAUCGCCACAUGGAUGUUUACAUGAAGGGAGCACCAGAAAUGGUGGCCUCUCUUUGUAUGAAACAAACUGUACCAGGAGAAUUCCACAACACUCUAAUGAGAUACACUCUCCAGGGGUUUAGAGUCAUUGCCUUUGCCUGGAAGAUACUCGACACAAGUAUCAAGUUUCAUCAUUUACAGAAACUUCAAAGGGACCAAAUAGAGACUGAUCUAACAUUUCUGGGCCUGAUGGUUAUGCAAAAUGCUCUCAAACCUGAAACCACACCCAUCAUUCACCAACUCAGGGAGGCCAACAUCAGAACUGUCAUGGUAACAGGUGACAACAUGCUGACUGCUGUCAGUGUUGCCAGGAACUGUGGGAUGGUGCUGUCCAAGGACACGGUUAUCUUAGUGAAUGCCAACCCUCCAGAGGAAGGCCAACCUGCGCACAUUACAUGGACGUACUCGGAACAUCCUGCAGAAAACAGUGUCCUGCAGGGAGAAGCUCCUCCUCCUGAUGACAAAGUUGAAAGGAUAGAAGAUCCAGGGCACUGGGACAGUGGUGCAGAUGUGAGUGAACCUUUGGUGGAAUAUGACAUGAGCUACCAGGCCAUAACAAUAAACGAACCUGAGGGAACAUACCACUUUGCAGUGAGUGGAAAGUCCUUUGCUGUCAUCAGAAAUCACUUUCCAGAUCUCAUUCCAAAGAUGUGUGUCAGAGGAACAGUGUUUGCCAGAAUGCCUCCUAACCAGAAGGCACAGCUGGUAGAGAGUCAACAGGAUUUGGGGUACUGUGUUGCUAUGUGUGGGGAUGGUGCCAAUGAUUGUGGGGCACUGAAGACAGCUCAUGCUGGAAUAUCACUGUCUGAGGCUGAAGCCUCUGUUGCCUCUCCUUUUACAUCCAAAAUACCCAACAUUCAAUGUGUUCCUACAGUCAUCAGGGAAGGGAGAGCAGCCUUGGUGACAUCCUUUGGUAGUUUUAAGUACAUGGCCCUGUACAGUAUGGUGCAGUUUGUCUCUGUCAUCACACUUUACUCAAUCGAUUCCAACCUUGGAGAUAUCCAGUACUUGUACAUAGACCUGGCCAUUACCACUACUGUUGCACUGUUCAUGGGCUGGCAAGAGGCGUACCCUAAGUUGGUUCCGCAGAGGCCUUUGGGAAGUCUGAUGGCACCAGUCAACCUGUUCUCAGUUCUGAGUCAUGUGGUCCUCAUGAUAGCUGUACAAGUCGGGACCUUCCUGUACCUCAAACAACAACCUUGGUUUGUUCCCUUGAAGCCAGACCCCAAAUCAGACAACAUCCUGUGCUAUGAGACUACAGUGGUGUUCAGUGUGUCCAGCUAUCUGUACAUAAUACUGGCUGCAGCUUUCUCAAAGGGCAGACCCUACCGCAGGCCCUUGUACACAAACUAUGUGUUCAUGAUGUCCCUUGUGAUGCUGCUGGGAUUCAGCACACUUCUCUUACUGUACCCAUUCACACCUCUGGCCAAGUUUAUUGAGCUUAAGGUGGAUAUGCCAUUCCAUUUCCGACUUAUCCUGUUGGGCAUCAUCAGUGCGUACUGCAUCAUUGUGUUUGUAGUAGAGGACUUUGUUGUAGGUAGCCAUGUACUGAGGAAGUUAUUCCGACUGAGGAAGAAUUUGCCCAAGAACAAGUACAAACUGAUAGAAAAGGAAAUAGCAGAAAACCCUGACUGGCCUCCUGUUGGUGAAACAACCUAUGCCGGGGGAGAGAAAUGCCAGGACUCAUCACCAUCUUGACAGUCAUAUACUCUUUUGCCAUGCAUUUAGAAAUGUAUCAAUGCCUAAUGUUAAUGAUACAAUCAUGUAUUAUGUACUGCACAUUGAUCAAUUGUCAACUGCACAGACAUUACCAAACACAUGCCAUGUUACUUACAUUUGUAGUUUCCCAUACAUAGCAAUGAAGAGCAACCAAUCAGACUAAUUAUAAUAAUAUGAGUAGCUCGCCUCUGCCUUGAUUUCAGGCUCAAUCUAGCAAUCCUUCUAUGAGGGAUUUGUGAAAUAUGUAACAUUAAGUCAGAAUUUGAAAAGACAAGACUGCAAAAUAUGUACAAAAAUGUAUUGAGUUCUAAGUGGUUUGAAAAAAAAUCUAG